UUUGUUUAAUGUGGAUCCUGCUAUUAAACAUGGAUUUCCAAAAGUUAACUUGACCUGAAAGAAAUUCAAUCAGCAGUGGAUGGCUGUUGGAACUGGUGCACUAUGGAGAUGUUUGCUAAUUAUUGCUUUGUUUGGAUUUUUCUGAAAGGAACCUUUUGUCUGUUGGUUCUCGGGCAACACCAGACGCACAGCAACUUCACCUUCAUCAAAAGAACAGCUCCUCAACUCCACAGAGACCAGGAGGCGUCUCCACAGAACAACUGGGUUCUUCAGACCAGGAGUCUGGUUCAGAACACCAGACUCCCCAUUAGCCCCUUCAUCCCUCUCUCCAAACAGGGACUCUGGGAAAUUCUUGAAGGGAACUCACAAUCCAACUCCAACCCAUCCUUAAAGAUAAAGCUCCAGCCCAUCAUGAAAGUUCACGGAGCAGCUAAACUGUCCCGGACGUUCAGUUGGGGGGAUUUUUACUCAAACAUCAAGACAGUCAAACUGAAUCUGCUGAUCAUGGGAAAGAUUGUGGAUCACGGGAACGGCUCUCUGGGCGUCUACUUCCGCCACAACUCCACAGGAGUGGGCAACGUGUCCGUCAGCCUCGUCCCACCGAUGAAGGAGGUGGAGUUCGACCUGGAGCGCCAAAGCGUGGUCCACCCCAAAGACUCGAAGACGUUCAACUGCAGGGUGGACUACGAGAAGACCGAACGCAACAAAAAGGUGAUGCUGUGCAACUACGACCCGUCGAAGACGUGUGCGCAGGAACAAACCCAGAGCCACGUCACCUGGAUGUGCUCCAAACCGUUCCAGGUCAUCUGCGUCUACGUGUCCUUCUACAGCACAGACUACAGGCUGGUUCAGAAAGUCUGUCCGGACUACAGCUCCCAGACUCCAGCCUACCUGCCCACAGAUUAAACAGAGGCCAAGCCAAGGAUGCUGGGGAGAUUUUAAAACUUAGAACUUUCCAAAUACUGUAAAACAUGUUUUUAGUGCUUGCUGUAGGUUAUAAGAGUUGCAUUAGACCAUUUUUAUGAAAUGAAAUAAUUACGGCAACUAAUAUGAUGUUCUUGAUUAACCCAUUACUUGUCUGGUUUUUGUGAAAAUAAAUAUCAAAGCUUC